AUGAGUACUUCAAAUCCAAUGGCCCUCCUCAUAGAACGUAUAAACACGUUGCAGGACAUUUGCACGGAAUCGGGCAUUACUAACAUGAUAGACCUUCCUCAAAUUGUGGUAGUAGGCGGUCAGAGCUGCGGAAAAAGCUCUGUGCUCGAAAACAUCGUGGGCAAUGAUUUUCUUCCGCGUGGUGUGGGCAUAGUAACACGCAGACCGCUUAUUUUGCAGCUCAUAUACUCGAAAGAUGAGUACGUGCGCUUUAAUCACAGCGACAGCACGUUCACAGAUUACGAGCUGGUCCGGCAGGAAAUACUGGCGGAGACCGCACGGCUCAUUAAGAACAAACAUGACGUUUCGCAUGUGCCGAUAACACUUAAGAUGUACUCCCCACACGUGAUGACGCUCACACUCGUUGAUCUGCCCGGGCUGGUUAAGGUGCCCACAAACGACCAGCCAAAGAACAUCGUGACAAGGGUAGAGGAGAUCUGCAAGCGGUACAUUGUGAACAAGAAUGCCAUUAUUAUCGCGGUGAGUGCGGCAACGAGUGAUAUAGCAAGCUCGGAUGCGUUGCAACUUGCGAAGACGGUCGAUCCCGGAUAUGAGCGCACGUUGGGUGUGCUCACAAAGGUAGACCUGAUGGAUGUAGGCACAGAUGUUGUUGACGUGCUUGCGGGACGUGUGCUUAGCCUCAAACUCGGUUUUAUACCCGUGGUUAACCGCGGUCAAAAGGACGUAAAGCAAAAAAAAUCGAUCAGCGACGCGGUUGUGGAUGAACAGCGUUUUUUCGAAACGCACCGGGCAUAUCGCCGCAACAAAGCAUACUGUGGCACCGCCUAUCUCCGCACAAAGCUCACGAGCAUUCUGUAUGAGCACAUUAGGCAUACUCUGCCUGAACUGCAGGAGCGUGUGAACGCGCUCAUCGCACGCACACAGGCCGAGCUCGAUGAACUCGGUGUAUUUGACCUUACGCCCAAGGAACACGUGCUGCGCACGAUCAACGAGAUCACAAAAAAAUUCGCGGAGUUGCUCUCAGGCACAGCAGAGCACGGUGAAGAGCUGUGUGGCGGUGCUCGCCUAUCGUACACCAUGCACCAAUCAUUCGCCGCGUUCAUAAACAAUCUGAACGCGUUGCACAACAUGCGCAACGACCACGUCCGCACGGUCAUGCUUAACGCAUCGGGCUCGUCCAGCACGCUGUUUUUUUCCCAGCGUGCAUUUGAAAUGCUUGCAAAGCAAAGCAUCGCGUUGUUCAAGCCACACGUACUCAAACUGGUGACCGUAAUUUUUACAGAAAUGGUGCGGAUGAUGCACAGCGUGGUAAACACGCGGUUUGCACGACUUAAUGACAAGAUAUCAUGUGCACUUGUUGACCUGUUCAAGAGAAAUAGCGAAAAUACCACCAUGCUGGUGGGUGCCUUGCUGGAAUGGAACAUGGAGUACAUCAGCACACGGCACCCUGAUUUCGUGCGGCUGGAUGAGCUGUCCAAGAUCGGUGAGAGCAAACCGAUGGAGAAGGCACCUAACGUAAAGGCGUUUGACAAGCUGCCGAACGUGCUCCGGUUGGAUAAGGAGAUAUCGGACAGCGAAGGCGCAGAAAUAAACCUGGUCAAGUCGCUUGUGGUGUCAUACUUUGAUGUGAACAGGAAGAUUCUGCUGGAUCAGGUGCCCAAGGCCAUCAUGUGCAACCUUGUGAUGAAGAGUGCACAGCAAAUGCAGGAACACCUGUUCAGGGCGGUGUAUGAGACGGAAGGGAUUGAAAAACUGUGUGAGGAGGAUGGGAGUAUUGAAGAGCUGCGGGAAAGGUUGAAAAGAAACUUGAAAGCGAUGAGACAUGCACACGAUCUGAUGUGCUCGUUGUAGGAACGUAUUUGCGAUGAAAAUCGUGGGAUGCAAUAAUGGAUCAGACCAGUAGAAGAGAGAGUUAAGAAAAUGGAAGGCAACCACGAAGUAUAAAUAAAGGUAAAUUGAGUCACGGUCGAAGUGAAAGAUGAUCAAGUCGCGAAUGGUAAAAUGCCGGUACUUACACCGGGGUGUAGAUUACGGUUACCUGUGCAUGAUCGUACGUAAUAUGGAUAAAUGACAAUUUGAGAUGGAUAUUUUGAGAAAUACCGGUCCGGUACACAACUUUCGGUAAUAAUGGUGUUUCUUGUUACACGGAAAAGGUAAAUAAAAUACGUACGUGCCAUUCAACACGUAACCUUGGUCUUAACAUGUGUUAAUAC